AUGCUACGACUAUUGUGAGUGCUGUGGUCUCUCCUCUUCUGCACUGGAUGGUCUGCGUCAGUCCCCUGGAUUGGGCCACCAAACGUAGGAGGUAGAGCUCCGAGCAGAAACUGCAGCGCAGGAGGGGAACGGUGCUCCUCGUUCUCAGACACUGACAACUACCAUAUGGUCCAGGGGCAGCUGCAAUUACAGAUAACUGACUCAGCUGGCCACAUCCUGUAUGCCAAGGAGGAUGCCACUAAGGGCAAGUUUGCCUUCACCACUGAAGACUAUGAUAUGUUUGAGGCAUGCUUUGAGAGCAAGCUUCCUGUGGGAACAGGGAGGAUGCCGGACCAGCUCGUGAUUCUGGAUAUGAAGCAUGGAGUUGAAGCAAAGAACUACGAGGAGAUUGCUAAAGUGGAAAAGUUGAAGCCUCUGGAAGUAGAAUUGAGGCGCCUGGAAGAUCUUUCAGAGUCCAUCGUUAAUGACUUUGCCUAUAUGAAGAAACGAGAAGAGGAAAUGAGGGACACAAAUGAGUCGACAAACACCCGGGUUUUGUACUUCAGCAUUUUCUCCAUGUGCUGCCUCAUCGGACUGGCUACGUGGCAGGUUUUCUACCUGCGUCGCUUCUUCAAGGCCAAGAAACUGAUUGAGUAAAGGAGCAAGUCCUCCUCCCCCUCCUCUCAGACCCAGCUGGACACCGCCGGGACCCAGCCAUGGCCCCCUGGAGCCAUCUCACAGAUGAUACCCACUGACUGGAGCUUCUCUGCAGGAACUUGGACCCUAAAGGGGGAGGGGAGCCUAAACAUUGGAGGCAACGGGGGACUUGUAAAAUCCUGUUGGAUGUUGAGGGUGGGGGAGAUUGUGAUGGGUUUGGGGAUUCCUGGGGCAGCGAUUAAAUAAAAAAAGAUUUUUCCAUGACAGCUGCAGCAAGUUUUUGCGCUGUCUGUUCUCCUUUUGUAAUCUUGGCUUGAUGAUGUCUCCCAUCUGUCUGUGACUGUAGUGUUACUCUGAGCCACUUGACCCUGCUGUGCUCUUCAGGUGCCAUGCAGCUAGCACCAGGGCAGAGCAGGGGAUUCCCUGUUCUGACCAGCUGGGGUCUGAGCCUCGUGCAAACGGACGUGAGUGCAAAGCAAUAGUAUUCAUCAUUCCAGCAGGGCCUGAGGAUAGAGGGAGGCCCAAGGUUUGGUCCCUGUCGCGGACCUCUGUGUUUCUCCCUGUGGGAGCUGGUGUCUUUGUGCGGACAGGUCAGGGCGCUUGAGUGUAUGAUGGUUCAGCCUGGAGGAAGGGGAGCCUUGGAAGGAGGGCUUGGGAGCAUGUUUGAGCUUGGAAAGGAGAAGCCUGCUUCGCUCAACUAAGCUGUCCAGCCUUGAUCCCACCCUUGCUCCACGUGUUUGUCUUGGAUUUGCCUCUCUUGUUCUGCAAUGAUGCAGCAGUUUUCCUGAAAGCCUUAGUCGAGGAUGGCCUUUUGUACAGACAGGAGGCCUUGGUCAGAUACAGUCAGAGAGCAAAUAGGAGCAGGUUAUGCUUGGAAAAUUGGUCUUACAUUGAGCAGGAGACUUCUCAUCUAACUGUAGCGUUUAUCCAGCAGGCAGCUGGCUGAAUCUCACUUUCUGAGACCUCAAAGCAAGGUGGGCUGCUGCUCAUGUGAAGCAUGAGGGCCUGUGCCCUGCUUUGAGGUCUGUGGGUGCGAGGGGUGCUUUGCAGGUUGGCAGAGGAGUUCUCACAAGAAUGUGGACGAAGUCAAAAAAGCAGUACAGCGUAGGAAUAAGCUAAUUCUGUGUCUGAGGGGAGUCUGAACUGUGCCCUCAACAGCAUUGUUAUUCGCCUAUGCAGUACUACAGAGAGCCAGCAGCUUCUUGUCAUUUCUCAGUUGUCCAGAUGGCAUGAUGUUAAAUAAGCCAGGCUGGGGAAAAAAAAAGGCAGAUUAACUUCAUGGACUUACCUGCUGCAGUUUUUAGGCAGUGAUUAAAAUUCUUUUACCUUCUCUGCAUUCCUUCAGAGCAAAAGGUU